AUGUUAUCAGAUUCUGCCCUGGCCAAAGAGAGGAAAGAGCAAGCAUCAGCCAUUAUGGAUGAAAUACACAGAAAUGUCUCACCCACCCUGAACCUUGGGAAAAAGGUCAGCACGCCCAGAGAUAUCAUGGUGGAGGAGCUGUCGACGCUCAGCAACAGAGGGGCCAGGCUCUUCAAGCGCCGCCAGCGGAGAUCUGACAAGUACACAUAUGAAAAUUAUCAUUACGUGGCAAGCAAGCCUAGAAAUCGUGGAGAGCCCGUGCAGAGUGUCAGAAUGGACGGCCUCAGUGUGGAAGGAAUGCCCCAGCACGCCCCAAUGACACCUCCCAACACACCUGACCCCCGGAGCCCUCCUCACCCUGACAACAUCGCCCCAGGAUAUUCUGGACCACUGAAAGAAAUUCCUCCUGAAAAGUUCAACACUACAGCUGUGCCAAAGUAUUACCAGUCUCCCUGGAUAGAAGCCAUUAGAGAUGAUCCAGAACUACUGGAAGCUUUAUAUCCUAAACUUUUUGCACCUGAAGCAAAGCCAGAACUGCCUGACUACAGGAGCUUUAACAGAGUUGCCACUCCCUUUGGUGGUUUUGAGAGAGCAUCAAAGCUGGUUAAAUUCAAGGUACCAGAUUAUAAUAUGCUGAUGCUAAACGAUCCCAGAUUCAUGAUCCUUGCAAACCCUCUUGCUGCCAGAAGAUCCUUCAACAGGACUCCCAAAGGAUGGACAUCGGAGAAUAUCCCAGUCGUGUUCAUUCAGCCUGCAGAAUCCAACCCCGUUCCAGAAACAGAGGACCUGUGAGAGAGGCUGCACCCUACAUGGUACAAAAUGCUCAAAGCUGCACAUCCAUGUAUUUUUGGUCCAAAUAUUACUAAAGGCUACUGACAAAAUUUUUCCUUGGAAGCUGGAGUAUAAUUAAUAAUGCGGGAUGCAGCGGC